GGACAGCAGGGUGGGUUCCAGGAGCGGACAGCCCCUGCCAAGGAAGGCUCUUCAGAGUCUCUGGGAAGAUGGUUUUGCUAGCGCCUGCCUGCCUGCCUUUGCUUUAGAUCCUGAAUGGCAGGUUUGAGCCCCUUGUAAACCAGCCCUUGUCAAGCAGGGCUUCCGGUUCUACUGACAGUGAAGUGACUGCUUAGGCAAGAGAUCCCUUUCCCUCUCCCCGCCCCCCCCCCCCCAGUUAUUCCGGAGUGGGUGCGUGCUAACCUCAUCAUUCAAGCUACGCUUUUCAGCCAUGAAGGUCUUGGAGUUGGGGGAGGGAGCAAACCCUAAAAAGCCUUGCCCAGAAAGGGACGCGCCGUGGCUGGCUGGGAACUGGGGAUUGGUUGCUGGGCCUGUUGCACCCGGCUGCCACACCUGGACAGCAGCCUGGGGAGCUGGUCGGACAGGAAGAGCGAAUCUCCCAUUGCAGUUGCAAGAAGCGGGAGGAGGAGGCUGAGGCUGAGAAGCAGGCAGUGCCUGGGAAGAGCGCGAAAGAGGCGUGCUGGCCGAAGGGUGCCAAGGCCCAGCAGCAGCAAGGUCUACUCUGCAGGGGCAAUGAGGGGGCCGAGGAAGCCCUCUGCACUCUGAAGCGCACGUGGGGCCUGAUUCCCAGCCACGGAGGAAGAUGUGUCGGCUGGAUAACCUUGAUUCCAGCAGCACCCAGAAGCUCUUGAUGAAAACAGGACUCAUCCUGAUCGUCAUUGGUCACCUGAACUUCAUCACUGGGGCGCUGGUUCAUGGGACGGUCCUGCGCCACAUUGCCAACCCUCGGGACACCAUUUCACUGCAGUAUGCCAUCUCUAAUGUCAUUUCAGUGAUCUCUGCCAUCUUGACUAUCUCCUGUGGCAUAGCAGCAAUUGUGCUCUCCAGAUAUGUGUCUCGGAAGUCAUUGAGAUGGGCAGUCUUCUCUCUGAGCAUCAGCAGCACCCUCCUCUCGCUGUUCUGCUCAACGGGCUUGGCGCUCUGCAUUGUCUUCACCUUUGCCAACAAAGGGCGUGACCUGUUGGCCUUGUGCACCUUUCCUGAUGUAGAACUCAUCCAGAUUGUGCAUGAGUGCCCGUUUGAUCCCACCCGGGUGUACAGUUCGGCACUGGCCCUCUGGAGUCUCUCCUUCCUCCUGGAUGCCGUGGAGAUAGUCUUCAGUAUCCGGUGCUUCUUGGUCACCCUUACACUCCUGAACUUGAGGCUCUGUCGCAGGAUGACGCGCAGGAAAAAGGUUUCACUGCAGCUGGUCACAGCCGAGAGCAGAGAAGUGUGUGAAGGCCAGAACCUCCUGAGGGCCAACCGGACAGAGACCGUGUGGCUCUAGAAGGCACCCCUUCGUGGACCUCCCGCGGCCCCUCCCACAACCACCGUCCUUGGGCUUCCAAGUCCAGCCUCUCCUUGCCGCCUCCGGGAGAGAUCAGCCUCGCUCCAAACCGCGGCUGGGACCAGGAGCUUUAGCAACUGGGCCACAGAAGGGCGGUGGCGGCGGCUUCCUCCUCCUCCUCCCUGGAGGCCUGAACCUUUUAUGGCUAUAAUUAGCACUCUGGUGCUUUGUACUGCAAGGUGGAUUCCCAGCGCCUCCUCUCAGGAACAAAGGCAUCUGCUGCGCCCGAGGACCCGGGGUUCAGGGUCUGAGCCCCUGAAGCAUCGGGAAUAACUGCGUGGGGCCGUUGCACUGAGAACAAAAGACGUUUAUUUUGAAGGUAUUAAAAAGAAACGCCCUCCCCCGCUCCCCGGCAUGCACUCCCGCGACGGGACGGACGACAUGGACGAGCAGCUGCUUUGGUGCGUGCAGUGGGGUGGAGCUGGGCCCUUCUCCAGAGGGCUGGGGCAGCUUUUCUCAACCAGUCUGAGGUAGAAAAGUCCCCACGAGGUGGUCGUGGCUCCCUGGUGGGGAGGAAGGGGGGACCAGGUUUGGGGGGCGGACCUACUCCGAGGGGCAGCAAAUGUUGGAGGCCUUCUGGGGUCUGGCACGCCAUGAAACGAAAAGGAGACGACGACAAAGGAGCUUUCCUUCUAAGCGUGAGGGGUAACAUUGGUUUCUGCAGUGCUAAAUUCUCUCCUACGGCUUUCGGUCUCUCAGAAGGGCUCAAGGCUACUGCAAUUCAAUGCAAUCACUCACUCACUCACUCGGGGGUUCUCGAACAUGGGUCCCCAGAUGGUAUUGGACUACAACUCCCAUUGUCCACAGCCAUUGUGGCAGUGGAUAAUGGGUCUAACCGCACUUGGGGACCCAAGUUUGAGAAUCCUUGAACUAACUGGUUAAGUGGUAACUGACUAAUCAAUUAAAUAUGUUAAAAUCA